CCGGGCGUGUAUUGUGUGUAUGCAAAGCACCGCUCCUCUCACGAGGCGGCUCUAGCGGGGACCGGACUGCAGCUGCCGCUGGCGCUGCGGAGUACACUUCUGUCUCGAAGGCGGUUGCCUGAGUCUGAGCCCAGCGCUGUCAUGCUCCUGCCGUGGGGCGGGCUGCCGCGUCGUCCCGUCGCUAUAUAAGCGCGAGCAGAGGGGGCACCCGGAGGGGCUGAAAAUGAAGGUGCCCGCGCAUGGGCCGCCGCUGAUUGCCAACCCCUCCCGAGCUCGCUCCCGGCGCGGAGCCCGAGGCGGCCGAGGACCCGCCUUAGCCGCAGUAGCAGCUGGUUCAGCGACGCGGACGGCAGCUGCGGCGGCGGUGGCGGUGGCACCCUUCGCGCCAGCGCGUAGAGCGGCGGCGGCGACUCCGGGGCCGCCGUUGGCCCCGCUGCCAUGAGUUGUACGGAGGUGAUGUAUCACCCCCAGCCGUAUGGAGCACCCCAGUAUCUGCCCAACCCUGUGGCAGCUGCAACCUGCCCUACAGCCUGCUAUCAUCCGGCGCCCCAACCUGGCCAGCAGAAGAAGUUAGCGGUAUACAGCAAGAUGCAGGACUCUCUGGAAGUCACGCUUCCCAGCAAACAAGAGGAGGAGGAGGAGGAGGAGGAUGAGGAGGAGGAGGAGGAGAAAGACCAGCCUGCCGAGAUGGAGUACCUUAACUCUCGCUGUGUCCUUUUCACUUAUUUCCAGGGAGACAUUGGGUCAGUAGUGGAUGAACACUUCUCAAGAGCUUUGGGCCAAGCCAACACCUUGCAUCCCGAAUCUGCCAUUUCAAAAAGCAAGAUGGGGCUAACCCCCCUAUGGCGAGACAGCUCAGCUCUUUCGAGCCAACGGAGUAAUUUUCCAACUUCCUUUUGGACCGGCUCUUACCAGCCCCCACCUGCGCCUUGUUUGGGGGGAGUUCAUCCUGACUUCCAAGUCGCUGCACCCCAUAGCACCUUUACAACAGCAGACCCCAACUCUUGGCCAGGACAUGGUCUGCAUCAGACUGGCCCUGCCCCACCCCCUACUGCGUCUGAGUCUUGGCACUAUCCUCUGGCAUCUCAGGUGAGCCCCUCCUACAGCCACAUGCAUGACAUGUACAUGAGGCAUCACCACCCUCAUGCUCACAUGCACCACCGCCACCACCACCACCACCACCACCCAACUGCUGGCUCUGCUCUGGAUCCCACGUAUGGGCACCUGCUAAUGCCAUCAGUGCGUGCUGCCAGGAUUCCUGCUCCCCAGUGCGACAUCACCAAGACAGAUCUGACUACAGUUACCACGGCUACCUCAGCAUGGGCCGGAGCCUUUCAUGGGACAGUGGACAUCGUGCCAAGUGUGGGCUUCGAUACAGGUCUUCAGCAUCAGGACAAGAGCAAAGAAUCAACUUGGUACUGAAGCGUGGUAUCAGCAGAUCCUAUGGCAGCAUGAGUCCAAGGGCCCACUGGGAAAAGAUGCCAUUGGGAUAUACCAUCCAGGAAUGGGAUACAGGAAACAUGGACUGAGAAGAGGACAUAUAAGGCCAUUGUCUUUAGAUUUGAACCUUUUCUGGAGAAAAUAUAGUGGGUCCUCCUAGUCAUCGAAGAAGAGCAUUUGGUUUGCUUUCCCUCAUCUGAGCCUUUGUCACCUGUGCAACGUCUUGUUUUACUUGCCUUGUACUAGUACCUGGGCUAGUUUCUGUGUGCCUUUUUUUUUUUUCCUUUUGGAACCAGCCACCUUGUAAGAAGAUGAUCUACCAAAUGAAAAUGCUCAUUCCUUCAGGAAAACCAUUAACUUCAUCUUCAUCUAUUUUUGUAGUAAUACAAAAUGGUUGGUUUAGCAUGGAGGGGAUAUUUUUGAAGGUGUAAUGUUUUGUUUUGUUUUGUUUUCUUAAUGUUGUAACAGUCAUUGAGUUCUGUUUAAAGAACUUGCUCUCAAAGAAGCACUGGCCAAAAUGUUUAAGUGCUGAUCUUUAAAGAGUCUGUGAUGUGCUGUGUCUGUGCUUCUGAGGGGACCUCAAGGGUUUCAUCCAUUCAACAACAGUGGAGCUACCAUAGACAAACCUUGCUAUGUUGUGUUUAUGUUGAAACUCAGUGAAGACUUAAUUCAAUGAUAGCUCUCUUAGUUUGCAGUUAUAUAUGUCUGUGCAGCUUGAAAGGGGCAUUUUCCUUUAAAGGGCCACAAACUAAGGGGUAUUUCUCCCAAAUAGUUCUUAGAGGUUGACUAACAAGAACAAUUUGGUUAAUGAACAGUACUUCUAUGCAUAGUCCAGCCUAUCUUAACAAUUAGGAGUAGAGCUUACACAUGGCUUCAAAAUAAUAAAAACCAAUGCAUUCAGCCAUGAUAACUGUGGACCUCACUGACAAAUUUUUCUAAUUUCUAACCAUUCAUUCAUGGAUGUUUCAAAAGUUAUGGAUGACUUUGUUUUCUGGAGUGAAUGCAAAAUGAGUAGUAGGAAAGGAAGGAGACCCAUGCCAAAGUGCUGACUAUCCCUCAUAUUUGUAAACUGAAAAGUAAUGUAUUCUUUAUGUAAUGUUUUAAUUUGAUCAUUUUGCAAGAUUUUCAUUUGCUUUUAAGUGUAAUUAGUUUCUCAUAAAUUAGAGCAAAAUAAAAGUGGUAAUGGAUUUAAGUUUGUGCUUCAAUUACACAAACUGGUUGAAAGACUGAAAGGUUGAGAAAUGAACUUAAUAUGGCCCACAAGAUAAAGAAAAAGUGAAGUUGGAAUUAACUUUAAGAGAAGAUUAGGCAAAGGUUGGGAUUAUGAAGGUAGUGAUGAGUGGCAAAUCAAAGACAUAACCUAUUUUUUUCCUUUCAGUUGCUCCCAGGUAUACAGGACGUUAGUGUAGUAUAGAUGCUUUUAAUUGAUAAUGAUUAUUAAAUCCUUCCAUUCCUCUCAGCCCACACAAAGCAGAAGAUUAAGUCACGUGCUGUGUUCUGUUUUUAAUUGUGAACUACAUGGGUGAGAAUACUUUACACAUUAACAACACAUCAAGCAGCUACACAAAAUUCUCACAACUCAUUUCCAAACAUUUCCCUUGGCUAUAUCUUAGACAUUUGUUUCUAUUCUUGCUGUGUUUUGAAUUAUAAACCCACUUCAUUUCUUGUAUCCACAGACUCUAUCAUUUCUUCCUCUUGAUUUUUCUUUAACACUGUCUUCACAUUUUUAUCAAUAUAAUUUAGACUUAAGUUAGCUUCCUCUCACCAGUUUAGGAACUUUAGCAUCCAGAUAAUGGGCCUCAUUAAAUUCUGUGCAUAUUUAUGUGGAUUUUGAUAACAAAUAAAAAUUGUUUUAUUUGUUAUAUGUAUCUGCAUAAAUAUGUGGACCAUAGAGUCGAAUGAAUCUAUCAAAUUCAUGUUGUCUUUAAUCCUCCUGAGUUGUAAGAAUUGAGCACUCAGCAACUCCCAUGAGGGAGACUCAUUGGCUGUUAGCACAUCCUCCCUUGGAUACGUUAACUUACAUUGCAGUGUCUCUUAGAACAGUACCACACUUGAAAUCACUGAGCUCACUCCAUUGAAUUUUCCCAGAUAAGGGAGGAUAAGAGGAUGAACUUGUUUUCUUUCCUUCUUUAUCAUCAUUCUGGAUUGAAAAAAGAAAGUAGGUAAUUUAGUGGUUUUGCUCUGAUAUCCUCAUUAAUAAUAUGACCAAAACAUGAUUUGGUUCAAGACCAAAAGAAAGUGAAGAAUCUGAAUUCUAUUGCAUGCAGCAAAGGCAUGAGAUCUCCCUUUGAGACCAGGCAUAGGUAUCAGUUGCAAAUUGUCCAAGGAGGAGACUAACCCCUAAUAGAGAAAGAACAUGUCUCUCUAAUUGUCCAGCAUCCCUCAGUGUUUUGACAUUACUGUAACAAGCAGAAGUAAUAAAGGGAGCUACACCAUAGCAAAAUAAAGAAUCUGAAUUUAUUUGCAUGUAAAGUGCUGUUAUAGUUUGGAUCUGGAUUUUUCACUUUGAAGUAUGGCUGCUAUACUGAAGGGUGUCUGCCUCCUACCCCUCUGAAUUCACUAGACCCAUUCUACCUUUGACUGUUUCACAAAUUUCUUUCAGUCCAUUUGAAAGCCUGUACACUUAACACCAGAAAACGUUAUUAUGCAUGCAAUCUACUAUUUCACCAAUGAACUCUCUACAGUAAAAAACCACAUAAUGUUGGCUAUUAGAGUCCCUACAGGAUAUUUGAUCUUUCCUUGUUAAUUUCUAAAGGACCUCUGAAGUUUAUAGUCUAAACAUUUUUAUAAACCAAGUUAAUAUAUUAUCUUUCAAAGGUUACCUAUACUUUUAACUCUUCCAACUUUUCUAUUUUGAAAAUCUUAUUGAGAUUUGCUUGUUAACCCCCCCCAAAUAGAAAUACUAUCCUAAAAUUUAAGAAACAAGAAUGAGUGGAUUACAAAAAUACUGAAGGGCACAUUUCCCAAAGUUAUAGCAUUAAAAGAAAAUGUUCUAGAGCAGAUCAUCAUUUAUUCUACCAAUAGUAUUUGCCUUUUCUUAAGCUUGCAGAACAUGGGACAGGAAGUAGCCCCAAGAUCACCAUCUGAGUGGAUGUUGUAAUUUCAAGCGACAGAGACUAUACUUUUUUAAAUUGCAUGCUGCCCCUUAUGAGAAGCAUCCCUGUGUGAUGUAGCAUUUGCUGAACUAGUCAGUGGGAAUGGCAGUAAGUGAUGGACAAGACAAGAACACACGUUACAGUUUUGUCUGAGAAAGGAUGGGUCAGCAGGAUGAUUUAGUUUGAACUCAGUUUUUUGCUCACUGAACCCUGACUCAGCUGUGGUUUAUUGUUUCAGAACUUCAUUUACCUCAUGACAAAAAUGGGAUAAUACUACCUAAGAGGAUGGCUUUGAAACUUGGGAAACAUAUACAGAUGUACCCAACUUACAGCGUAGAUGUUCAAACAGCUAACAGCCUCCUCAAAUGAGCAUCAGUUCAGCAAGUUGGUUAUUAAAUUGAGCUCUUAAAUAUCCUUUCCCAUAACGUUGCAUAUUCCUUAUGCUGCACCUAAGUAGACCAAUGACUGCUUUUCUGUGAAGAGUCACUGAGAGGGGAAAUUUUUUUUGUCUUACUUUUGGGAGAUAAAAUGUUAACUUCUUAAUGAACUCUGAGUUUUUAAUGUGGUGUUUCUGAAGAAAUGUUAAUUAAACAUCUAGUUGUAUGUAGCCAAAGUCUGAGUCAUAUUCACCCACAACUCUAUAUAUUACUGUCUCCAAAAUUAGGAGGGCAGUGUCACCAAGCCACUGACCUUUGUAUUUGUCAGAUAUACAUUGUGUUUCCGUGGCACUGGACUAAGAAUGUUCCUCUUCUCUACCCCUCUUGUUUUUCUUUGCCUCGGAGGAAAAGUUGCACAAUAUGGUGUGGAAAAAAAAAAAAAAGAAGUCUCUUUCACGGAAAGGGAGGGGGCGCACCCCCUUUACGAUCUCAGUCAGCAGAUUUACUCUUCUUGAGAAAAAAAAACGAAACAACUUUAUUGGAAGCAGAUGUUGACACUGUGUCGGUUAUUGAAGAUGGAAAGAGUUCACUCAGUUGUUGCAGUUACAAAGGGGUAUUGAUGGCAGUCAAGGUCCCUGUGAUGGCUCACCUUCCAAGCUGGGAUAGGACAGAAGAAGCUGCAUGAAACCCAAAAUGAAGUCAGCCUGUGAUUUCAACGUGCAGGAAACACCAAGGACUAAGCUUGUUUGGUGUAUUUUUUUUUUCCUGAAGAAUGCAUAAUAUAUAUCUUUCAUAUAAUAUUAAGGAUGGAAAGACAAGUUAAAAUCAAACAUCUUAAAAAUACUACAAUUUGAGGAAUCCUUUAAAUCUACCAUGACAUCAUGAAAACUUUGAUUAAAAUUAUUUCAGAAAAAUUAGGCUGAUAUUUGUGUCUCAAAAUAUAGCUGAACACACACAUAUACACUGUGAAGGCAGGGUAGCUUGUGUGUUUGGGGAAUGAAUGGAGCCAGCAAGGAACCUCAGCUUCAACAGUUUCACAGUGUUAAUUUCCUUGGUUAUGUGGUCACAGGACUAGGCCACAGAUCAGACUUGUAGAAUAUUGCAUAGUAUUUUUUCUCUUAGUGCUUUCUGGGAAUUUUUAAUCUAUAGAAUUAGUCCUUAUAGUUAAAAUGUCUUACCUUUUAAAUUUUUGCUGUGAGCUUUUGUUUGCUUGAAACUUUUGUGAUGUCAAGCGAUUAGUCAAGGAAGUAGUCUUGAAAUUUUGACCACCUUAUAUGAUCCAAGGACAUUUUCUAGAACUUCCUUUUAAAUUGCAGGGAAUUCUAACAGGUUUUAGUGUAGUUUUUCAAUUCUGUUGUGUUGUGUAAAUAAAAAAAGCCAUACAGUCUUAGAAAGGAGCACGCCAUCACCAAUUGAUUUCUUUUUUUAAUGAUUUCUGACUACUAAAUUUUAAGCUAAUAUUAGUUCUUUUCAAAAAUAAAAUUCAUACUGAGGCUUUCUUUUUACCUAAGAUGUGAACUUUUCUCUUUGUAGUAAUAGAGGUAGACAUUAUUUUCUCUUCUAUUUGGUAGCGAGAGUUACAAAAUGGAAUGUAAUGGGUUUUACACACUUAGUUCAAUGUGUAGGAUGUGUAUACUUGUGAACAUCCUAUCUGAUUUACAAAUGCUAUUCCAUGUAGGUAUUUUUCAAGAUGUACAAUAUAGGAAAAACCUCCAUGUGAGUUCUUUGUAUCAUUUUAAAGUGCAUAUAUUUAAAGGGAAACACGGAUUCCUUUUGUUUUCAUUGUGUACACCUAGGUAAGGUGAAAUGUUUUUGUAAAGAGAAAGAUGCACAAUAUGAUAAACUUUAUAUUUAUCACUUGAUAAGGUAAACUGAAAACUAAUAAUAGAAUUCAUAUCUUACAGCAUUUGACAUACAGUGAGAUUCCAGAUUGUUUAGUUAUGAGAGAAAUCUUCCAUCUUGAUUUCCAAUUUCCAGAAAAGGAAAUUAAGCAAUCUCAUUUAUGCUUAAUUGUUAACUAAUGGAUAACAGAGAAUUUCUAAAUCUUUUGACUUUAUAAUUGUAAAAUCAUAUGACUUUCUUAUUGUCAUUCUUCAAAUGCAGAACUUCUAACUGUGUCAUCGAUAUACAAUCAUGGGAGACUUUGUGAGAAGACCAGAUGUCAUUUUCUUUAAUUUGUUCAAUAAAUAAUUUAAUGUGA